AUGAGCUGCAGUCAAGCCAAUGAAGAAUCAACAUUGCAGAAACCAAGUCAGCAAAGGCAGGUUAACGAUGUAAAAACAACGUUAAAACGUUCGACAAACGAUGAUAGCUAUAUUUUUGAAACACCAUUGUUGAAAGCAAGUUAUUACGGAUAUAUUAGUGUUGUAAAAGAAUUUAUAGAGCGUGAUGCUGUUGAUGUUAACCUCUGUGACAAAGAUAAAUGUUCUCCACUGUUUUGGGCAAUCCAUGAAGGACAUGCACUUGUUGUUACAGAGUUACUGCAACAUUCAGCUAUAGUAAAUAAUUGCAAUGAUAUUGGCGUGACACCACUUUGGAUGGCAAGUCAACAAGGACAUGUUAAUAUUGUUAAACAAUUGUUACAUCAUUCGGCCGAUGUAAAUAUAUGUGACAGAGAGGGCCAGUUGCCUCUCCAUUAUGCAAGAAUAAAUGGCAACUUGGACGUAGAGUUGUUGCUAUUAGGGAAACAAGGAAAUCAGUAG